AUGGAGCACCAGCACAAUCACAUGCCGUUUCCGCGGCAGACCCACGACCAGAAGCACGCUUUACACCACCAACCCGAUCCUCAUCGACAGACUCUGCCGCCGUCCGACCCGAAUGCGCGAAUCUUUGACCGACCGUUCACGCUUCCCUUGUAUCCACCACCUUCGUAUGCGCAAACUCGCGACCUCGCCGGCCUGAACUUUCCUAUCGGCCAGAACACCGAAUUGGCGCCCAUCAAAUCCGCGAGUGCUCAGCAUGAUGACAGCAACAGGACCAUCAACACUCUGCCUUCGCUGUCGUCCCUGACAGCCUCGUCUGCCCCUUUGUACAACCCGUCGCAUCCGCAUCCGCCAGCGCCAACGUACUCUCCUCCUGCACCCUCGCAGCCGACCAAUUGGCCGAGCCUCAACCCGUUGACCGCAUACUACAACCCAAGCCAUGCGCAGAGUGCCGACUCACCAAUGCGAGUGGAAACGGACACCAGCAGUACCAGCGGGGCGAGUGCUGCGUCGCCUGAUCACCUCCAAGAUGGACGUGCGAGCAGCGUCAGCCUUGACGAUCCCGACGUGCGGAUGGCCGCGGAGGCGCUGGGCGAUUUGAGAGCAGAUUUCGUCUCUUCUCCUUCCAACAGGCACACGCCCCUACCCGGCUCACCUCAUUCACAAACGAACGGGACCUCCUCAGAACCGCUCCUGUCGUUACUGACUACGUCGCAUCCUCUCCUCGCGACAACCAUCGAAGGCGCUACAACCGCCUACAACCAUUCCAAGGACUACUCACCGAGGUUCAAGACAGGCGCGGAAUAUGUCGAGGGCUACGUGAUACCCAUAGCAAACACCGUCGGUUCGGUUGGUAGAGUAACGGGUGUGGAAGAUGGCGUCCGAUGGUUCUUGAGGAGGCAAUCAUCCCAUCACUCCGAUCUCGAAGCCAACGACCAAGGUUCCAACAAGCGUAGGAAGAUCGACAGUGGAAGCGGAACCGACAGUGGCAGCCUUCAAGAUGCGAGUCCAGAGUACGAUUCUGGCGCGCAAACACCGCGGGCGUCUAUGGGAAAUGCGCAUGACCGUCGUUUGUCUGUUGCCAGCACCGUCGAUACGCUACCGGCAUAUGACGAGUUUCGAUCGCCGCCAUAUGCUGAACACUUUGCGCUGCCCGAGAGUCGUCCGCACAACGCUGCAUGGCGAUCUCGUUUGAUCAUGUCAACGUCGGGCCUGAGCAUUGCGAUGAGCGCAGAGAGCUUACGAAGCCUGAAGUAUUGCCUCAGCUGGCUUCGAUGGGCCAAUGUUCACAUAGGAGAUGUCAUUACUACGCUGAAGACCACGAUGGACAGAUACGAGCAGACGAAACACAAGUCGGCCGAUAGCGAUCAUCCGAUGCAGGGCACUUCCAGUGAAUCAGGCGACGUGGACAGGAAUCAGCUAGCGGCCAAAAUCACCGCGCUCAGGUCGGAUGUUCUCAAGACCCUCCAAGAUGUUAUCAGCACUGUCAGCAAAUACGCCGGCGGCGCUCUCCCAGAGAACGCACGGGAGCUUGUUCGACGCCAUCUCACGAGCCUGCCGCAACGAUUUCGAGUCGCUAGCAUGGCUGGUGAAGGCCAAGAGGAAGCUCGUUCUUCCGCGACCAGUGAGGAAGGUCGAGAAGUGCAGGAAAAGGAGACCCGUGAGAGCGCACAACGGGCUCUGGUCCUGGCCAAGGAAGGGCUCGACAUGAUGUCGCAGGUAUCCGGAGUCUUGAACGGCACCAUAGUCAGCGCCGAAGGAUGGUGCGAACGACUGGGAAGGAAGAAAAGGCAACAGCGAGACGACCUGCUCGGGUUUUCUCAUCCUCAAUAUCCUCUGAAUGAUGUGAAGAUAGGCUGA